GCAUUUCAUUAUGGAAGACGCAAAUCAAGAUUCAAGACCUGUCAAAGCACCUUGAUAAUUAGGUUUUAAAUACGUGGGUAUUUAAACGCAAAUUUAAAAUUGAAAAUGAGUCUCGUAGUGUACGAUAGCAGUGACGAAGGCUCCGAAAAUGAAGAGCAUGAGUCUGCGGGAACAAUUGUCGCAAACAAUACUAACAAUAACGCAAUAGAGGUUAUAACAGUGCAAACGAACUCGAAGUUGGCCUUACCAGCUCCAAAAAUGAUUUUAGAAAGUACAAAUGAUGAAAAGAAAAAAGUGGAAGAGAAUACAGUGAAUUUUAAGAACUUCCUCAGUACGCUGCCAAAACCAAAAGAUCUAAAUUCAGCAGGAAAUGUUGAAGAGGAUGAUGAUAUUCUACUUAAGAAGGAAACGGAGAAUUGUCAAGGUGCAAAGCCAACCAAGAAGCAGACAGUGAAAAUAACAGUGCCUUCCUUAUCAGAGUUUAAGGACAUUGAAGAGGAAAGUGAGAAGAAGCCAAUGAGAAUUAUACAAUCAUUAGAAAAAGGCUGUGGACUCUUUUCCAUAUUAGUACCACCAAAGGAAGAAACUGCAGACAGUAAUAAAACUCUGAUACCUCAAGCUGUGAAGAAUAAGAUGACAAGAGCAAGUAUUCAUCAGACAAAAACGCUAAAAGAAUCUGGUACAAGUCGAGUAAAUGAUUAUAAGAAAGUGGAAAGGAUAACUGUGAAUAAAUCACAUGAUGAAAUGAAUUCGGACGAUGAGGAAGAUGGAAUGAUAGAUUUCUUUGGAUUAACUUCAAGCAAGAAUACAACAGAUGAUUCUUUAACGGGAUUAUUGAAUGAUGAAGAAACCAGAUUCACAAAACAUGUGGAAAAUGAUACAACGCGCGACUUUUCCUCUACUGGUUCCAAUAUUUCAAUAAACGACCAAUCGUGUAGUUCAAAUAAAACAUUGACGAGCAAUGUUAUGAAUUUGUCUAAAGAAGAAAUUAUAUUGAAAAAUAAAGCAGAAAUUGGCCCCAAAUUACCUGUUCCUGAACAGGAAUAUAAUGUUGACACAGAAGGUAAUGUAGCAUUCGACGAAAAAGCUAUUGAAUAUCUCUGUGGAAGACGAGGUGUGAAACGUAAAGAUAGAGAAAUCGACGAAGCAAACAUAAUCGAGAUCAACGGGGAGGAUAUAAAACCGGAUGAAAGAGAAUGGCUGGUGAAGGCACUAACAGAGGAACCUGUACAAAGGCCAAUUUCUAUGCAGAGCUGUGGUGUCAACUCUCAAUCCAAAAAGAAGCAUCAAAUCACAUAUUUGGCGCAUCAAGCUAAAGCCAUGGAACUGGAACUCAAAAAUCAGUGGUCCCAAAAUAGAAUGACGCGAAAACAAACAAAAUCGAAAUACGGCUUUUAAAAGCACAACUGUAUAUGUACAGAUUUUUCUUAAAUAUAUUUUAUUUGUAACUUAAACUACUAACGAAAGAGAGUUGACCGUGCUUGACAAAAUAAAAAAAAAAUAUAAUGUUU